AUGCCUGAACCCGCCAAGUCCGCGCCCAAAAAGGGCUCCAAGAAAGCCGUCACUAAAACCGCCGGCAAAGGAGGAAAGAAGAAGAGAAAGACCAGGAAGGAAAGCUACGCCAUCUACGUCUAUAAGGUGCUCAAGCAGGUCCAUCCCGACACCGGGAUUUCCUCCAAGGCGAUGAGCAUCAUGAACUCCUUCGUCAACGACAUCUUCGAGCGGAUCGCCUCUGAGGCCUCCCGCCUGGCUCACUACAACAAGCGCUCCACCAUCACCUCCAGGGAGAUCCAGACGGCUGUUCGCCUCCUGCUGCCCGGUGAGCUGGCCAAGCACGCCGUGUCUGAGGGCACCAAGGCUGUCACCAAGUACACCAGCUCCAAGUAA